ACAUAGUCUUUUGUUUAUAUAUAACAACACAGUCUGUGUACAUUAAAAGAUAAACAAUAGCUGCAUUUACCCAUUAUAACUUUUAUAUUUUAAGGCAGCUGAUUUUACAUUCUAUCAAUUCGACCACCAUGGAAAUAAGUUUCGCAUCCAAACGAGUGUGUGUUACCGGAGCUGGUCAAGGCAUCGGGCGCGCCCUGGUGAAGAAGCUGCUGGCCUGCGGGGCGCAGGUGGUGGCCAUCUCGCGCACCAGGUCCUUCCUGGACUCACUGCAGCAGGAGUGCGCGGGCUGUCCGCUGACCGUCAUCAGCGCCGACCUCAGCGACUGGCAGACCGCGCAGUCGGCCGCCUGCCAGGCCGGGGACGUGGACUGCCUCGUCAACUGCGCCGCCACCGCCAUCCUCAACCCAUUCCUCGACAUCCAGCCCGAGGACUUCGACAGGUCCUUCAAUGCCAACGUGAAGUCCAUCAUCGCUGUCAGUCAGGUGGUAGUCGAGGGAAUGUUGAAACGACAGACAGGCGGUGCUAUUGUGAACAUCUCAUCUCAGGCUUCGCAGGCAGCCCUCGCGGACCACACCGUCUACUGUGGCACCAAAGGUGCCGUGGACAUGGUGACACGUGUGAUGGCGCUCGAGCUGGGACCGUGCAACAUCCGGGUCAACGCCGUCAACCCCACGGUCGUGAUGACGGCUAUGGGCAGGAUCGGCUGGUCCGACCCUGAGAAGGCUGGCCCCAUGCUCACCAAGAUCCCACUGGGUCGCUUCGCAGAGGUGGAGGAGGUGGUGAACACCAUCGUCUUCCUGCUGAGCGACCAGGCCUCCAUGAUCAACGGAGUCACGCUGCCCGUGGACGGAGGCUUCCUGGCCACGUGAGACCAUAUCCCUAACACGACCACUCACACUGGCUAGUUAUGAUGUAAGCAUGUACUGAACUGUCAAAUAAAAAUACCAAAACUUG